AGAACUCGAUCUGUAUUUUGAAGUUUUUCCCCCCUCUGCUCUCUUCUCUGUCUCAGUUCGCUCCAUUUUUUGAAACUUCCCUCUCAUAUGUUUUUCUCAGCUCCCCUCCACUGUUCCCUCCCUCCUCUCCCUCUCUGCCCUUCUGUCAGCUUCAGCAGGGCCGCACCACUGACACUCCCCUCGGUGUGAAUCUGUCAGGGAAGGAGUGUGCAUGUCUCCAUUGGGAACACAUUUUUUUUUUUGGGAGCAGUGGGCAGGCUUUCUCAAAGUGUGAGAGAGGAGCGAGAGGAGACCCCCGCCGUAAACAAACAGCCGGACCCAGAGUGGUUCCUCCUCCAGCGGACUGCCGGGACAGCGGAGAUUAACCUCAGACGCUGAACAUCUGAGGGAUCUGUACAUCUGAGGCAGCAGCCCCUGUAGAGACAACCAGCUGGACAUCUCUCCUCUGAUUUCAGAAGGAGUGCUGGCCCGCAACCUCCUCGACAGAGAGGGAAGACUCGUCUGUGCAUCUAGGAUUACUCUGAAGAACAAACUGUCUGAAGAGAUCCAACAUGAGGAUGGCGACGGCGUCCAUGCUCCAUCUGACAGUUACAACUCUCCUGUGUAUCUGCGUCUCUGAGUUGUGUUGCCUGGAGAUCACGCCUGAUGACAAAGAGUUCAUCCUGGCCAAGGGGUCUUCUCUCACCCUUACCUGCUCGAGCUUCGGGGAGACGACCUGGGAGUUCAAGAGGGAUGAUGUGCCGUAUUUCCAAGUGGAACAAGUUCAAAAUGUGGGUCAAAGCUACCAAAUUGUGCAAAGCGAAACCACAUCCAGUGUUCUGACUUUGUCGAAUGUGAGCUGGAAGCACACUGGAGUGUACCUGUGCGUUGAUCGACACACUGGAGAAACUAAAGAGGUUCUUGUGUUUGUCCCAGACACUGAUAUAUGGUUCAUAGAGCGCUCCCAUGGCAUGGUAACUAAGACCAGUGAGGAAAGCACCAUCCCGUGUGUGGUCACCAACCCAAACAUCAACGUCACCCUGUAUAAUCGGGACACUGACCUGCCCAUCAGAGGACAUUAUGUUCCCAGUGAGGGGUACAAGGCACCGCUGGAGGACAGGACCUACAUGUGUCGGGGAGAGCUGAAUGGGGAGGUGAAAGAGUCUCAGGCAUUCUACGUCUUCAGCAUUGCUGUCCCUGAGGCCAUCGACGCCUACAUUAAUGCGUCAAAGACGGUCCUGAAACAGGGUGAACCGCUGACAGUAAACUGCACGGUGCACGGAGUGGAGCUCGUGCAUUUUUCCUGGGAUAUCCCCAACGGAGAGCCUAUUGCGGUGGAGCCGCUGACAGAUGUCCUGUCGGCCAUGAGCAUGCGCUCCUACCUGAUCUUCCCUCGUACCACGGUGGCCCACAGCGGAAACUACGUCUGCCAUGUCCAUGAGGGUGUCCAAGACCAGACUGCCUCUGCCAGCGUCAACAUCACUGUGCUUGAGCGAGGCUUUGUGGAUGUGAAACCUUCCCAGCAACAUAACAUUUCAGCCAAGCUGCAAGAGAACGUGGAGCUGAGAGUUGAGAUCGAAGCCUACCCUCCCCCUCAGGUCCGCUGGAGCAAAGACGGUGCCACGAUCCAGGGAGACAAAACCAUCACAACCAGUCAAGAGCUCGAGAUCAGGUAUGUCAGUAUUCUCACUUUAGUGAGGGUGAGGACGGAGCAGAAAGGCCACUACACCGUCCUUGUAACCAACGGAGAUGACACAAAGGAAGUGACCUUUGACCUGGAGGUCCAAGUUCCCUCUCAGAUUAAAGACCUGAGUGACCUUCACCUCCCGGGGAAGAAGCACAUGGUGACCUGUGUAGCUGAGGGGGUCCCAACCCCGACCAUACAGUGGUACAGCUGUGACAGCAUGCUCAAGUGUAGCAACCAGACAGCCGUCUGGCUGCCACUGAUACCAAAGCCAGAGGAACUGGGCAUCCAGACCAGUGUCAGCAACAGUGUGACUCGUAAAACCAGUCUGGUCCGGAGCCAGGUGACCUUCCACAAGCCCCAGCAGGUCACAGUCCGAUGUGAGACCAGCAACCAAGCAGGUCUCGUCGACAGGAGAGACAUCAAACUGGUGUCCAGCACACUGUUCUCCCAGGUGGCAGUAUUGGCUGCUGUUCUGGCCUUGGUGGUAAUCCUUAUCAUGUCUUUCAUCAUCCUCAUCGCUGUAUGGAGGAAGAAACCGAGCUAUGAGAUCAGAUGGAAGGUGAUAGAGUCAGUGAGCCAGGAUGGUCAUGAGUACAUCUACGUGGACCCCAUCCACCUGCCCUACGACCUGGCCUGGGAAAUGCCCCGAGACAACCUGGUGCUGGGUCGCACUCUUGGAUCAGGAGCCUUUGGCAGGGUGGUCGAGGCAACUGCCUAUGGUCUCGCUCAUUCCCAGUCCAGCACAAAGGUGGCAGUGAAAAUGCUGAAGUCCACCGCCAGGAGGAGUGAGACCCAGGCCCUGAUGUCAGAGCUGAAGAUCAUGAGUCACCUGGGUCCUAACCUCAACAUUGUUAACCUGCUCGGGGCCUGCACCAAACAUGGUCCUCUGUACCUGGUGACUGAAUACUGUCGUUAUGGCGACCUGGUGGACUACCUGCACAGGAACAAGUACACAUUCCUGCAGUACUAUGCCGAAAAGAACCAAGAUGACGGCUGCCUCAUCUCAAGAGGAAGCACUCCGCUCAGCCAGAGGAAAGGCUAUGUGUCCUCGGGGAGUGAGAGUGACGGCGGAUACAUGGAUAUGAGUAAAGACGAGCCCACAGUCUACGUGCCCAUGCAGGAGCAGAUAGACACCAUCAAGUAUGCAGACAUCCAGCCUUCUCCAUAUGAGUCUUCCUACCAGCAAGACAUUUAUCAGGAACAAGACGGCGGCAGAUUAGACCUGGUCAUCAGUGACUCUGCCAGUCUCACCUACGAUGAUCUUUUGGGCUUCAGCUACCAAGUGGCAAAGGGGAUGGAGUUCCUCGCUUCCAAGAAUUGUGUUCAUCGAGACCUAGCUGCCAGGAACGUCUUGAUCUGUGAGGGCAAACUCGUGAAGAUCUGCGACUUUGGCCUGGCCAGAGACAUCAUGCAUGACACCAACUACAUCUCUAAAGGCAGCACCUUCCUGCCACUGAAGUGGAUGGCACCAGAAAGUAUUUUCCAUAAUUUGUACACAACCCUGAGCGAUGUGUGGUCAUACGGCAUACUGCUUUGGGAGAUUUUCACACUGGGAGGGACCCCCUACCCUGAUUUGCCCAUGAAUGAGUUAUUCUACAAUGCUUUGAAGAGGGGCUACCGAAUGGCCAAACCCGCCCACGCCUCUGAUGAAGUUUAUGAUAUCAUGAGGAAGUGCUGGGAUGAGAAGUUUGAGAAGCGGCCAGAGUUCUCCUUUCUGGUGCACAGUGUUGGGAACAUGCUGGCAGACAGCUAUAAAAAGAAAUACAACCAAGUCAACGACAACUUCAUGAAGAGUGACCACCCGGCAGUCGCCCGCACCAAACCCAGACUCUCCUCACCCUUCCCGAUCGCCAAUCCAUCAUUUGGCUCCCCUUCCCCCGCCACCCUCUCCUUCCCACUGGAUCCCUACAACCAGAGUCCGAGCCCAGGAAACUUACGACCAGAGACAGACAUGCAGGACGUUAUAACGUCAUACAACGAGUACAUCAUUCCCAUCCCAGACCCCAAGCCGGAGGACGUUUUCACCGACGCACCGUCAGGAAGCCCUGCGAGCUCCGAGGCUCUAGAGGAGGAGAGCGACUCCAUGUCUCAGGACACGGCCGACACUCUGCCAGAGGAGGACAGGCUGGAGGAGACCAGCGAGAGAGACGCUCUGCUGGGCUCGUCCGGGACGCCCGAGGUGGAGGACAGCUUCCUGUAGCCACAUGUAGGAUCCCUGAGGAAACACAGCCCUUUUCAGAGGGAUUUUGUUUUUUAACAUGCCUGAAAAAGGGAACGUGACUAAACUAGAAUGUAGCAAAAUGGAGACCGAGAAGGCAAUCUCUGUAUUUCCACUAAGCACUCUAAAAGUUUUGCCCUUCUUCGAAUUUUUCUUUCACACUUAAUACCUCCGGGACUAAAAACGGUUACAAGCGGUACAACUAAUGAGCGUGAUGUUAUCAACUAGUCAUUUAUUGGAAGCUUUUCACAAUUUAAAUAUGGUACUUUUCAUCUAGCUCAUAUAGAAUUAGUGAGCACAGAGGUGUUUACUGUAUUCUCCAUUGUAGCCAGAGACUUAUGAGGCCUUAUGAGACAUUUAUUAUUUAGCAUUAUGCCCCUCGUUGUCUUUUAUUACUAUAUUCCUCCCCACCUUCUCAAUCAGUGUAGGUUUUUAAAACACAGUUUAGUUUUUUUGUUUGGUUUUUUCAUGAACAAAUUUAUCUGUUGCAAUAAUACAAAAUGAUUAACACAACAAUAAAUAACAAAAUACUGUCUAGACAAGAACAAUUCCAAUAUUAAUGGGAAUCAUUGACAUCAAUUUUACUUUAGGUCCAUAAUAGUGCAUUUUCCCCCUUAACCAUGAACACAGCUGUUGUAUAGUAUUUUUGUACAAAGUUAUUCCCAGCAGAUGAAAUGCAGACAGAAAUGCACUGUUUUACUAUAAACUAAGCCUUUUCUCAGUUUUACAUCCCAUAGAGCCAGAAUUAUCCAGUUGUCUUUUGUUUGGUUAUGAAAUGUGUUAGUCAUUUGUGAAUUUUGAAUAGCGUCUUGUAUUUUGAAAACUUGUUUUUGUGUAGGCUUAAUUCAUUGUUCUGUGCCAGAUUUGCACUUUAUAUAGAAAAAUGUGGAACUUCACAAAAAUGUUGAACAGAGAAAGAAACAACUUAGAAUCAUUGAGAACUUAAAUAUGUUGCUGUUACGAGUGACACCCAGUUUCUUGGAUGACAGACGAUUCUCAAGUGACAAGGAUAAAUACAGCGUAUCACUGCCUUAGCACAUGAUGGCACACAUGAAUGCCUUUGUGAAAGACUGAGAUGUUUGUGCAGCUAUUGUUGCUUGCUGAUAUGAAGGGCUACUGUUCUCAAGGAACCUAGAUAGCCAUAUGUGCACAUGUAAAAAUGAUGCUUUUAGUCUUCUGUUGCAUUGUUCAAUGUCCACUUACACAUUGUCUAUUUUCAUUACAUAAUCCACCAUUUAAAACAACACAUUUUAUUUCCUGUAGCAUUUGUCACACAGUUUAAAAUGCACAAAAAUCACAGUAUCACAAGCUAUGGUACCAAAGCUCUUCUUAACGUUUACAAAUGUAUUUUUAUAUGUGUCAUUUUAUAUGUUGUAAAUUUGAAAAUAAAUGUGUAUUAUCAUAGUA